UUCCCCCACCUUUCAAACAACUCCUAUUCCCCUCGUAACCCGUAUAACAAAGCCUAUUACUCCACGCAUACACGCAACUUAACUCAUUUCUCAUAUCAUUGAAGAGACUGGUAUAAGCAGUACUGCUUGAAUAAGGAGGAGGGGGAGGAAGAGGAGAAGAAGAGUGAGCAAAUGGAGCUUUUUCCGGCACAACCCGACUUAUCACUGCAAAUUAGCCCCCCAGACAGCAAGGCCACAUCAAGCUGGGGCAAAAGUGAUGAGAGCUUGGAUUUAGGGUUUUGGAGGAGAGCCAUGGACUCCAGCAGCAGCAGCAUCAAGAGCAGCAUCACCCCCUCGACAUCGAAGGCCGAUACCGGUGGCUUCGACCUCUCCUUAGCAAACCCGAGUGUCUCAAACACCAACACCACCGACCAUCUCCCUCACCACCAUUUCCAUCUCCAUCAACACGAACAACUCCUUCAUGAUGGGUAUCACCAAGAUCUUGGGAUUACGAGGCCUAUAAGGGGAAUUCCGGUGUACCAGACCCCUCCUUCCUUUUCUUUCCUCCAAAGGCGACAGCAGCACCAGAACCAACACCACCAACUUUUAUGUGACUCAUCUUCCACUACUGCUUCGACCCCCUACACGAUGCAAGGCAUGCCGAGGUCCCCGCGAUUAUUGCCACGGUUCCCUGCGAAGCGAGGCAUGAGGGCGCCGAGGAUGCGGUGGACGACCACCCUCCAUGCUCGCUUCGUCCAUGCUGUCGAGUUGUUGGGAGGCCAUGAAAGGGCCACGCCAAAGUCUGUUCUCGAGCUUAUGGAUGUCAAAGAUCUCACGUUAGCUCAUGUGAAGUCUCAUUUACAGAUGUAUCGAACUGUGAAGACAACUGAUAGACAGCCCACUUCUUCUGACCAAACUGAACCCGUAGAGAUUUCUGAUGACAACUUGCUCAACAUCCGUGGAUCAGAAGCCUCAAUUCAGCCCGGAAGAUCGGGUGGUAGUAAUAGCACGAAUCAUUCUGGCCUAUGGAGCAAAACUUCAAGCAGGGGAGGCCGGUUCCAUGACAAACCAAAGGAAUCCACCACUGGGAGCAUACUAUCUUUCGAGUGUUGGUGUUGCACUUUGGUCGGAACAAAAGAUUGACAUGGAAGCACUUUUGUGGUGCAGGACAUGCAAUCCAAAAGCUUCGAGAUGGUAUCGGAUUUAAACUCAUCGUGCCUCUCAGAUAUGAGCACAAAGAAGCCCAAUCUCGAAUUCACCUUGGGAAGGCCGCAUUGAAUCUUUGGGUUUUCAUCCGCAUCAUGUGAUCAUCUGGGAGGAGUAAUCAGGUGCCUGCAGGGGAAACACGAAAAAAAGGAAAAGAGAGAAAGACAAGGAGACCAUUGAGGCGGAAAGCAGAAACAAGGCGACAUGAGUUUGAGAGGAGCGAGCGAGUAAAAGCUAUGCAAGCUGAGAGAUCCCUGAUGCUAUGUUCUGCGUAAAUAUGAGACUGGUUUAUUGUUUUCAAGAUGUUGAGAGUGAGAAGAGAGGGUCUCCUUUUGCUGUCAUAAAGGCAUAAAGCACUGAAGGGAUGGGGCUCCUUCAUUCUCUUGCAUAUGCACGUGAUUUGCUUUGUAGUUUCCCAACAAAGAGAAAAGGAAGGGACCAUGACACUAAUCAGUAGAAUAUUAUAUAAUAUAAUCGAAAUCAGAUGCAAGGUUUCCA